AUGGAUUCACACGAAUUGUCGAUUUUGUACUUGACGGGUGACGGAUUCAUGUGGCGAAGGAGAAGAGAGAAAGCGACUGUUAUGAGAAAAAAUGAAACGGCCAAUAUAAAACAAGUUGCUACCUUCACAAUCACCAUUUCCUUUUUUUUAAGCUUUCAACAAAAAGAAAUGAAGCAUAUGGUCAGCAGCUGUAAGUUUCAGAAGGAUUCUCCACAGAAAGUGAAGGAAACUAUUGAACUUAAAUCUAAAAGGCCGCCUUCACAAUUCACUCGAAGGUCUCCAACAGCAGACAGUGAAGAUAGCAACGAAGUAGAGAAAUAUGGAGGAAUGACACUCGCUGAACUGAGAGAUGUUGCAAAGUCUAAAGGAAUCAAGGGUUCCUCGGGAUUGAAAAAGAGUAAGCUUAAGGAGCUCCUUAUUAGCCAUGGGUUCCCCUCUCGACGGGCUUCAAUCUGCCAACGCGUUUUCUCGCGAAAUCCUGCUCAAUUGGGAAGGUUCCACACAUGGAUUCACACGAAUUGUCGAUUGUACUUAGCAGCUAGGCUGGGGCGUACGACCCCGUCAAUUCAGGGUAAAGUAUCAUACCAUGUGCUCAACUUACAAGAUACCUUGGAUUAG